AGUCCCGAGCGCUACGCAGUACGCUACUUGUUACCUCAAAAUACUAAGUGACAUUCACCACCUCUAUACCUGCAAUCUAAAUACUUUAACGCGAUGUUUUUAUAUCUUGUCGUGACAUCAUGUGUAUGUCUGCUAGCAUGGGUCUAUUUACGAUGGUUGCAAGUCAAGCAGUACUGGGCCAAACUAAAUGUGCCUUUUAUUGAACCACAUCCAGUUUUGGGGAACCUCGAUUUACUCAUUAAAGGAAAUCCAGCUGAUUUUAUGUUGGAAAUCUACAAUCGAUCGAAUGGUUCUUUGUACACGGGCAUCUGGCAAUUGUGGCGGCCAACAAUCGUGAUUAACUGCCCCAAGAUUGCAGAAAGAAUCCUCAUUAAAGACUUCGAUAACUUUAGAGACAGAUUUGCUGUAACCGGCGAAAGUGAUCCUACAGGAAGUCUUAACCUGUUUUUUCUCAAGGAACCUAAAUGGUCUUCUGUAAGACGCCACUUAACACCUGUAUUCACAUCUGCAAAACUGAGAAUGCUGGAGGACUUAGCCGAAAUUAAAUCAAAACAAUUGACACAAAGGAUUUACCAUGAACUCAGUAAAAACGAAGCCAUAGAUAUUAAGGCGCUGUAUACAGAUUUUACGACUGAUAUAAUCGGCACGGCAUCAUUCGGCAUCGAAAGUGAUGCCACUUUAACUGGAGAUGGUCCGCUGAGAAAGGUUACGAAGGAGUUAUCGCAAUUUAGCUUGUACAGAAAGUUGGCUUGGGGCUGCUAUUUCCUUUUACCUGAAUAUGUUGAUAUGUUUGGAUUCACCUUUUUCCCAAAAUCAACAAACGCGUACUUUCUGAAAAUUUUUCACGAAGCAGUUCAAUUGAGAGGAGGGUUCGACCACGCCCCUAAAGAAAACAAAGACCUUCUGGAUGCUCUAAUCAAAAUGAAAUACGAUGCUGCCACAAAAAAUGAAGAAAUGGGUGAAGACCUUCUGGUGGCACAAGCUGCGGUUUUCCUUCAAGGUGGCUUUGAAACGACCGCUUCGAAUCUUACAUUUCUCUCCGUUGAACUUGCUCACAACCCAAAAGUUCAGGAAAAGUUGUACCAAGAACUGCUCGCAGCAAAACAAAAACACGGAAAACUGGAUGCAAAAAAUCUCUCUGAAUUAAAAUAUCUCAACAGUAUUAUCAAAGAAACUCUAAGAAAGUAUCCAAUUACUCCGUCCCUAAUUCGAGUUCCAACCAAAAACUACAAGAUAGAUGACAAAUUGACAAUUGAAGCUGGAACACCGGUCCUUAUUAAUUUGUAUUCUAUGCAUGUGAAUCCCAAAUAUUAUUCAGAUCCAAUGACAUUUGACCCAGAAAGAUUUAAUGGCAAUGAAGAGAGAAUAUUGAUGGCUUUUGGACAAGGCCCACGAAAAUGCAUAGGUGAAAGAUUUGCCUACCAGCAGAUCCGCUACGCCGUAGCAGCUAUAUUUCUCAACUUCGAGCUACGCCCUCGAGCUGGCUCGCCGAAGUCCUGUGAUAUCAAAUUCGCGAAACAUUCAACUUUAAUCAUUCCUGCUGAUGUGUUGACUGUUGAUUUUGUGCCCAGAAAAUAAACACGAAAU